UCAGUCGAAUUUGUACCGUCGUUCGCAUCGGACGACGAAUUGAUUUGGCAGGAAGCUCGGCCAUUCGGAACUGUUUACAAAGUGCACCUGCUCGCUUCAGUUAGUGACCCUCGUCGGAUUGUUUCUUUUCUUUUUCACGUGAGAGUUCAAGUGUGCCUGUUUGCAAAUUACUGCCAUGUCAGCCGAACAGAGCAACGGCCAGGUGUGCCCGAUGGCCAAUGGCCACAGCAACGGAGCCAGCGUCGAAAGCCGGGAGGAGUUCUUGGCUCACUUCAAGCGACCCGAUCUGCCCUCGCGGUGCACUUGGGCCGUUGGCACCACCGAAGCCAGCGCGCACCAUCACAAGCCACUGACGCCCCGUCCGAAGAUUAUGCAAACCAUCCUCGAAGCUGUCGGCAACACCCCUUUGGUCAAGUUAAACAAGAUACCUAAGUCGGCCGGACUGAAGUGCAAUUUCUACGUAAAAUGCGAAUUCCUCAGCGCUGGUGGAUCGGUCAAGGACCGCAUCGGUCUACGCAUGAUCGAAGAAGGUGAACGCCUGGGUCUGCUGAACCCUGGAUACACCAUCAUUGAACCCACGUCGGGUAACACCGGUAUCGGUCUGGCCCUGGGAGCCGCCGUCAAGGGCUACAAGUGUAUCAUCGUCAUGCCGGAAAAGAUGUCAAACGAGAAGGUCGACACCCUGAAAGCCCUCGGUGCCCAUGUCAUCCGUACCCCCACCGAAGCGUCUUUCGAUUCGCAAGAAGGUCUGAUCGCCGUAGCUCAGAAACUGGAACGCGAAAUCCCGAAUUCGAUUGUACUCAAUCAGUAUACCAAUCCCGGAAAUCCGUUGGCCCACUACGACGGAACCGGUGCGGAGAUCAUCGAUCAACUGGAUGGAAAGGUCGAUAUGGUUGUUGUGGGCGCCGGUACUGGAGGAACUGUUUGCGGCAUUGGACGUAAGAUAAAGGAAACCUGCCCGAACUGUGUCGUCGUGGGUGGCGAUCCCGAAGGAUCGAUUCUCGCCGAACCGGAAGAAAUGAACAAAACCGAUGUUAACUACUAUGAAGUGGAGGGCGUCGGUUACGAUUUCAUUCCGACGGUUCUGGAUCGCAGCGUCGUGGAUCGCUGGAUCAAGUUCCGCGACACGGAUGCUCUGCCGAUGGCACGACGCUUGAUCGCCGAAGAAGGACUACUUUGCGGAGGAAGCAGUGGCGGUAACGUCGCCAUUGCCUUGAGAGCCGCCAAAGAUCUUAAAGAAGGUCAGAAUUGCGUAGUCAUUCUGCCGGAUAAUAUUCGCAACUACCUGACGAAAUUCGUUUCGGACAACUGGAUGGAGGCUCGCAAUUUUAAGACUUCGGAGAACGUACAUAAGCAUAAAUGGUGGAACAACAGCAUCUCGACCCUGAACCUCAAAACCCCGCUCACCGUCGGGGUUGACGUGUGCCUGCAGGAGGUUAUGAACAUCAUGAAGACGAACGAGGUCGACCAGCUGCCGGUGAUCGAUCAUGACGGUUCGAUCAAGGGAAUGGCCUAUCUGCCAAAUCUGAUGAGCAAACUUUUGAACCGACUGGUCAAACCGAGCGAUACCGUAGCGCGUGCGGUAUUCAAAAAAUUCGUCCGUGUUGAUCGCAAUGAUGGAUUGGGGCAUGUAUCGCGAAUCCUCGAACAGGAUCCGUUCGUGUUGGUCGUUCAAAAGGAAAAGAAAUUCACCGACGGAGAUAAUUUUGAACUCAGAGAAACAGUUGCUGGAAUAAUCACGCAACGAGACAUUAUGGACUACCUGUCGACAUCUGAAAAUCUGGCCAAUGGUGUUUAAUAACUGAACUGGGAAACCAAACAAAAGCCACGUGAUGCGCCAUUCAUGUAUUGUGGAAUGCAUUUAAUGUCUACCUUAAUAUCUCAACUCAAUGUUUGACAAUAGGAUUAAGCAGUACAAAUGUGUUUUAAGCAAAUUAUUCUCUCUCAACAAUCAGUCCUACUUAGACUAUGGAAGGAACCACAUAAAAAACGCAUGAUUUGAUAGAUUAAUCAAUAGUUUUACAUAUCAAUGAAACAGACUGCACUGUAUUUCUACUUAACUCUAGGAAGCAUGUUUUAGAGCAAAUAAAUCAUAAUAAACUAUAACUUUUAGCGUUAUAA